GCUUCGGCGCUGCGUGGGGGUGUUCGCCUGAUGUCAUCCGGCGGAGCAGGAGGCUGAGCUAACGGUGGUGAAACGGCUGGAGAGCACAACAAUAACGCCACCGUCCACACCGGGACACGUACCGCUCCUUCUGGGCUCCAGUACGCAGCGCGUGUCCUCUGUCCUCACCGGAGAAUAGAAGAAGGAGGAGGCGAAAGAGGAGGAGGAGGAGGAGGAGGAGGUGAAGCUGGCUAACGGACCGAAAGUACCAGAUGCUAUUCCAGCGGAGAAGGAGGACGGUGAUGGGUUCUCGCUUUCCUGACGGGUAACGUUAGACCUUCGCUUGAAAAAAAAACCCCGGCGGAGUGAGGGGGGACUCGCGUCGCCUCCUCUGCGCCUCCGCCUCUGAGACAUUUUGUCUGAAAUGCGAGAGCAGUCGCGGUCUUGGCCGUCGAGCAGCUUCUGGGCCGCAGCUCGGCGCACCGAGCCCGAAUCUGGGAAGUAGCUAGCUAGCUGUCCGCUAGCCGCAGCUGUACCCGAUGCUGCUGCUGCUAAACGGAUACGAAAGACAACACAAGCGGUUCAGGGACCUGGCGCCGAGCGAGCUAUUGUUUUACCCCACUGGACUGCGACGGGCAUUUGAGAUGUGAUGCUUUUGUGUCUCGCAUGUGAGCCUUUUGUAGCUGGAGGCUCUCGCUUGCUUGACGCGAAGGAGCUAACGUUGCUGCAAAAUGCACAGCGGAACCACAACAGCAGGCUCCUGUUGAGGGGGGCGAGGUUGGACAGAUAACAGCCCACCCUGUGUCUCUCAACACUCGGGGUCACAUUUGGACAGCGACCGCCACAUUUUCCUUCCCCCGUCACUCACCGCUUCCUCGGCUGGAGAUAUGGAUAAACUGACGAUCAUUUCAGGGUGCCUUUUUCUGGCAGCAGAUAUCUUUGCCAUAGCCAGUAUUGCAAACCCGGACUGGAUCAACACUGGUGAAUCGGCAGGUGCCCUUACGGUUGGUCUAGUCCGGCAAUGUCAGACGAUCCACGGAAGAGACCGGACCUGCAUCCCACCGCGGCUGCCCCCGGAGUGGGUCACCACACUUUUCUUCAUCAUAAUGGGCAUCAUCUCUCUCACAGUCACCUGUGGACUGCUGGUGGCAUCACACUGGCGCAGAGAAGCCACCAAAUACGCCCGCUGGAUUGCCUUCACUGGCAUGAUCCUCUUCUGUAUGGCAGCGCUCAUCUUCCCUAUAGGCUUCUAUAUCAACGAGGUGGGAGGUCAGCCGUACAAGCUGCCCAACAACACAGUGGUCGGCUCGUCGUACGUGCUAUUUGUCCUCUCCAUCUUCUUCACCAUAGUGGGACUGCUGUUUGCCGGCAAAGUUUGCCUCCCGGGCUGAGGACUUGACCGUGCCCGCCUCUGGACGGACACAGGAGGCUCUGAAAAUUUAUUGGGAUUUACAAAAACACACAAUGACUGAAAAUCAAAAACAACAAACUCUGGCAAGACGCCUGAAACAGAGAAUUCUCUGCUUAUGUGUCAAGGGACCACAGCACCACGGAGUACCUAACGACUAAAAGAUGAAAACGAAUCAACGAACAAAAUACAAGAGAGGGAUGUGGGCCCAAUGGGGUGGAGGAGUGAGAGAGAGAGAGGGCAGCUGAGGCUGUCGCAGCACCCUGCCACUGUUGAUUUAAAAUAUGGCCAUGUCUCUGUACUUGUUCUGUCUAAGGGUGCUUAAUGUGCCGCUGACAUGGCAACCGUGGCCACAAUGCUGGCGCACAUUUCUUGAGGACCACUACAGCCACUCCUCGACUUGACUCCCUACUGCCCACCCCGCCGGCCUCUGCACACAUCUGCAACGUCACGACCGCUCCUGUUGCUAUUUUUGGCUUCUCUUAGCUAUUUCAGUUGUGUGUUUUUCUGUUGUUGUACAUUUUGUGUUCUUUUUUUUUUUUCUCCUCCACCCCCCCUGCCGCCUUUCCACUGAAGUAGUUUGAGUGUAAUUGAGGUUCACUGAACUAAAUCUUUGAGGGAUAUUUGGGGGGAGGAGUUUCUGCCAGCUUGGCUUUAGAGCAGGGUUUAUUCUCGCCUGUUGCAUCACAGGGCCCCAGGUGUGGUUGGCGAAAGCAGCUGUGGUCCCAGCUGUCACGGCCGACACACAGGCUGCUGUGGACGAGAGAGGUCGGUGCAGAUGCACCCCCUCUGUAUUGUCUCCAACCAACUCCAACUCAGGAGCAGGUGACAACGAGGGGUGACCUGCGUGGGCAACACUACGUGAAGUCAAGUACCAUAAAGGAGAAUGCCACUCAAUGUAAGACCAUGCAUACUUAUUUAUAUGGACAGCAAUAAUCUAUCAAUGAGUGUAGAUGGCUAAUCCCAUGAUACUGAUGAACACCUUUUGCCAAUAACUAUUAGACUGUGAAUUUAGUGAGUAAUCACCUGGACAUAAACACCUCUUGUAUUUGUAGUUCAGGCACAAGCACAGUGACCUUCAAAGUAUUUCUCAAACAUGUUCAUCCCUGUGGUGUUGCAUUUAGGUAAACUUUUACGUUACAGCAGACAGUAUUGACAUUUACAAACAAAAAGUUGUGAAGUUAUUAACGGUGUGAAAAUAACACGUGAAUGCUGAGGAUUGGUGGUAUUCUCCUUUAAUGUCAGACAGGAAAGAACCGAGCCAGGAGCAUUUUUUUUGUCGGUGAAGGCACUGGGACUGCAGGUCAGGUCCGUGCACGGGGCUGUGCCUCAUUGUGCUGCUCUUGAGGCCUGUGAAUGUAACACACAAACACGCAAACACACAUUUACACACACAACCACCUCACUGUCUGCACCGUGUAAAUCCACACAUUAGGGCUGAAACCAAGUGUUUCACUCUUUAUUACUUACUUUGCUUAUUUUCUUCUUUAAUUGAUUAAUAAUAAUUAAAUUGUAUUUUUUCCUGCAGCCCAAGGUGAUGUGUCCACAUAGGUUUCAUUCCACCAACAGCCGAAAGAGCUACUCAAUUUAUCAUAAAUGAUAAAUGUCAUUUUUUGCUUAAAAAUGUCUGAAAUGACUAACUUUCACAAGUGUUGCAUAUUUAAUUCUUUUCUUAUAAUUAUCGAACUAAUAAACCUCAAAAAAGUGAAAAACUGCCCAUUAAAAAAACCAAAAACUUUCCCCAGGUAAUAUCCUUAGAUCCCAUCGAUUUUCUUUAAAUUCCAUUGUAAUUUUUCCUUAUUUUCUAACUUCAGGGAAAACCCAGUGAGUUGCAGAGCAGUGUGAGCUUCAGUGUGAGCUUCAGUGCAAGUCCAGUCAAAUUAAAACACGUCACACAUCUCUUCUCCAGAGCUCCAGGCUUUGCUCAGCUCACCAAACAUUUUAGCUACUCUUUUGUUCUUCAGGUGUCCAACGUUGUGUCCUCGAUCCUUAUAACAACACUAUCAACAUCCUUUUAAGAUUUACUUUUGGAAAAUAACAAAAUUCACUAAUGAUCAUAAAUACAAAAUUUAAUAUACAAACAUUUGUCAAAUAUGAAUCAAAUAUAAUCUAUAGGUAAAGCAGAAUGAUCAUAACGUGAUGAUUCUCAGUUAAGUUCUGGAGUAAAAGCAUCUUUUUUCUUAAAAGAUUUCUAAGCAAAUGUAUGGACUUGUAUUUAAGGAAUAACAAUAGCCCAGAUAAUGUGCUUCUUUCAUCUGAGCAAGUUCUCAGAUGUUACAGAUAAAACUGCAACUGAUGAUAAAAUCAAUUAUCCUUCAAUCUACUGGUCAUCUUCUCAAUAUAUCAAUAACUUACUAAAAUAGUGAAAUGGUGGUAUAACUCUCAACUUAUUAUUUUCAGAUGAAUUGAAUAUUCUGUGAAAUUAAGUCGUGUUCAACAAAGACAAACCCUCACAUUUGAGAAGCUGUAAUGUUUUUUAAUUUUAUUAAAAAAUUUAUGAAAUGAUUCUUCAGUCAAAAGAAAAGUGUUAACUCUUCUGUUGAUCAGCUAAUUAAUUACUCAACUAAUUGUUGUAGUAUCGGGUAAGAGAUAGCAAGAAGUGUUAAAGGUCCAGUGUGUAAGAUUUAGGUGAAUGGGAACUAUUGGCAGAAAUUUAAUGUAGAAUAAUUCUCAUGAUGUUUUCACUAGUUCGUUUCAUCUAAAUUGUAUGAAUUGUAGUUUUCUUUACCCAAGAAAAUGCCCUUUAUAUUGAAAUACUUUAUAUUUACAUUGAGGGGACCCUCUCUAUGGAGGCCGCCAUGUUUUUUACAUUAGUCCAGACUGGACAAACUAAACACCUUUUGAGUUUUCAUGACAACUGAAGCUACCACAGUUUCUUUUUCAUGUUUGGAAGGAGAGGAUGAGGUGAGGGGUGUUAAGCUGCAACAUGCAACUUCAACACUAGAUAUCACAAAAUUCUACACACUGUACCUUUAAAUCUAUAAUCUGAAAUAUUUCUCAUUUAUAGUAAAAAAAUAAAUGAAGAUAUGAUUUGGUUAUUGAGAUAGUUUAAGAUCAAUUUAGUUUUAACUCCCCGACAUAUACAGAACAUACAGAAAUCUCACAUGUCGGUUCAUAUUGUACGUCCUGACACGCUACUGGUUGGCAGAUCUGGUCUUAAAAGGGUGUUUGUGUGAGUGAGUGUGUGUGUGAGUGUGUGUGUGUGUGUUGAGUCAGUCACAGAGUUCAGUUGCAAAGUCGGAAGACUUGUUUAGUAUUUCUGUUUUCCUGCUCAGCUUUUCUUACUCACAGUCUGAUGAUGUAUACUGCUAAUCUAUACCCUCUGCAGUGCCCUGUCUUUGGGUGGUUCAGUAUUGUGCCAUGACAUGUUUUUGUUUAAUAAUGUACAGACACAAGAAGCAGGAUUUCUGUAUUAGGAAGCACUGUGCAUUCAACAGUAUAGGUAACAGAAGUAGAAGCACCACACAUGUAUAAAAAAGAACUUCUUACCUCAUUGUUUUUGUUUCUGCUAUUAUUUUCUAAUGGUGGCGAUGUGUGCCCUCUAAUUUGUCUCUUGCCUUGAUCGGAUGUCUACACAUAAAGCCUAUGAUCAUAGGAAAUUAUUUAUCACUGAAUAAAAAGAGAAAAAAAUGGGUGUGCGUGA